AUGAUGGCGGCGCCAAUGCCAGGGCCGCUUUCCUUUAACCCCCAGAUUCCCGUCACCCCUCCCCCGGACCACCACAUGUUCACGAAAGGGCUCUUUCCACCAAACGCCUUUCAACAACCAGAGCAUCACAACCACAACCACCAACAUCACAGCCAACCACCACAGCAAUACCGCGGAAUCGGUUUAGGAUUACAACACCACGAACCAACCCCAUCAAACUCCACAACCUCCGGCCCACACAUCAAAUCCGAAGGUGAUCCCCCCAGUCUCACCUCCCCAAGACCAUCCUCCCGAUCAACAAUGCAACCACCACCACCCCAACUCCGAACCUCCCCAACAUUCCCCCCUUCCUAUCCCUCUUCCAAACCCCAACAACACCAACAACAACCAGGUUUCCCCCCCACCACAGUCGGAAUCGACCCCGCCACAGCAGCCCAAGCGGCUGUCGACCCCCGCUACAUAGCCAUGGCCUCCCGCAUAGCCUCGUACUACCAACAGCGCUGCCAAGCGGUAGCCAACUUCCAGCAGCAGCGCUGCCAGCAGUGGGCCGCUGCCCAGAGAGCAAAAUGCCAGGAGAUGACGCAGGCGGCGAUGCUGGUCGUGGCGUGGUAUAUCAGGGACCGUAUCAAUAGGCGGAGAAAACGGCAGAAAAAGACCUUCAAGCGGGCGCUCAAUAAUAAAAACAGCGCCAAGAGUAAGGUGACGAAGGGGGAGACGGUGAGGAAUUGGGUGAUGGGUGUUCCUUUGGAGAAGGAGGAUUUUGUGCCGGGGAGGGAGCUGCCUAAGGAUGCACAAGAAAGAGAUUUUGAUAUGGAUAGGAUGGGGGAGAGGGAGGAGGAUAGGGAUGGGAGGUUGUUUGAGGUGGCGGAUGGGUUGAUUAAGAGCCAGCUGGCGAGGGUGGAGGUGCCGUUUUUGGGGUUGGUGGGGUUUGAGGAGAGUGAGAGUGAGGAGAGUGAGGGUGAGAGUGAGAUGAGUUAUGAGGAAGAGGAGUUGGAAGAGGGGGAGGAAUACGAGGAGGAGGAGGAGGAAUAUGAAGAGGAGGAAGAGCAUGUGAGGAUGGGGAAGGGGAAGGAAGAGGAGAAUACUAUGGGGAGUUUGAGCAAGGAUGCGCAGUUGGGGACGGUAGAGGGAACGGAUAGGAGGAAGAGUAGGGAGAGUAGUGUUUUAUGA